GCUUUUGCAUAUCCAUGCAUCUCUCAUAGCAAUAAUGGUUUCAUUCUGGCCCUUCAAGGGUCACGACUCUACCUCGGCAGCGUCAUUCGAAAAGCUGCUGUCUGCCCUCUCGUCCAAGAUCAACAAAGAGAGCGCUCACAAUGAUCGCCUGCGCCAGAGACAACGUCGCUACAAGGUGCUAUGGACGCUAUAUACCACUUUUGCCUACAUCCUCGCCGCUGCUAUCCUCAUCCUCGUCACCGGCCUACCGAACUGCUCCGCCAUAGAGUACACCGGUCUUGCCGCCUCACCACUCCUCAUCUACGGCGUAAGGACUGGUCUUGACGCAUACUUCAACUACCGCCUCUCGUCAUCGCAGAACUACCUGAACGGAUUGAACAAGCAACGCGACGAUGCUAUCACAAAGCUCAAGGAAGCCACAAAGUACAACUCGACCCAGCAACUGCUCGACAAGUAUGGCGGCUCCACUCCCACAAAGUCUCCUCAGCAAAAGAAGCCACAAGACACUCCCACGAAGAAGCCCCAGCCUUCUUCAGUCAGACGUACAGGACUGCCUCCACCACCCACAGCAAACAUUCCUGGACGCCAACUCCCCCCAUCAUUCAACCCCAUGACCCCACCUCAGCAAGGUGCACAGUUCCAACCUCUUCCCCCUCAGCAACAACAACCUACACAACCUCAACCAGACCCCCAAGCCGAGUUCGCACCAAAUGCAUUCACAGCACCCGCUCCCCGUCAUACAGAGUCGUACGCUUCCUCAGGCCCCAGAUGGUACGAUCGCAUCCUCGACGUCGUUCUCGGCGACGACGAAACCCUACCCAAAAACCGCAUCGUUCUCCUCUGCCGCAAAUGUCGCCUCGUGAACGGCCAAGCCCCACCGGGUACCAGAAGUUUGGAAGACUUGGGCGCGUGGAGAUGUAAAGAAUGUCAUGCCUUGAAUGGACAAGAGUCGGAAGCCAAGGCAAUGAUUAGGGAAAUUGCUGGCGAGUCAAAGGUCGACGAUAGCAAGCCGAAAGAGAUGCAGGAGGCUUCUGGUGCUGAACCGUUGGCCGAUAAAGAUGAUAUUGAGGCGGACAGUGAUAGCGAGCAAGACGCCGUGGACGAGGACAGCCUCAGGGAGACGCCUGCUGCCUCUACUAGAAGUAAGGUCAGACAGCGCAAGAAGUAGCGGAUCUUCUCAUCCAUUCAUCACUAGCAUAACGG